AUAAAUACAACUUCUUAUUUCUCACUCAAAAGCUUCAUGCCGUUCUCUUCAUUAUCGUGUCUUUCUGCGCGCUGAGCGAAAGGGCAGGAUGCCGUCUGUCGAAUACGACGAUUCCAAGCCCAGUUGGGCCGAUCAGGUUGAAGAGGAAGGCGAUGAAGGAACUCUUCCGUCACCCAAAGAAACUAUAAAAGGCAACAUUAAAACUGUCACAGAGUACAAGAUUGAUGACGAUGGCAGGAAGUGCAAGAUCAUCCGCACCUUUAAAAUUGAGACGAGAAAGGCCUCCAAAGCCGUGGCCAGGAGAAAGAACUGGAAGAAGUUUGGCAAUUCUGAGUUUGACGCUCCAGGCCCCAAUGUUGCCACCACAACAGUCAGCGACGAUGUUUUCAUGACCUUCAUCUCCAGCAAAGAGGAUUUGAAUGCGCAGGACCAGGAGGAGGACCCAAUGAACAAGCUGAAGGGGCAGAAGAUUGUUUCCUGCCGCAUCUGUAAGGGAGACCAUUGGACCACCCGCUGCCCCUACAAGGACACUCUGGGGCCCAUGCAGAAGGAGCUGGCUGAACAGCUGGGCCUGUCCACGGGCGACAAGGAGAAGGCUGCAGAGCCGGAGCCGGCAGCACCUGCACAGAGCAAGACGGGGAAGUACGUCCCGCCCAGCCUGAGAGACGGGGGCACGCGGAGGGGGGAGUCCAUGCAGCCCAACCGCAGAGCUGAUGACAACGCCACGAUCCGCGUGACGAACCUGUCGGAGGACACGCGCGAGACGGACCUGCAGGAGCUCUUCAGACCCUUCGGCUCCAUCUCCCGCAUCUACCUCGCCAAGGACAAGAACACCGGCCAGUCAAAGGGCUUUGCCUUCAUCAGUUUCCAUCGCCGUGAGGAUGCAGCAAGAGCCAUCGCUGGUGUCUCUGGGUUCGGCUAUGAUCACCUGAUCCUCAAUGUGGAGUGGGCCAAACCUUCAAACAACUAAUGAAAAUUCCACUGAAAUAUUCCCAGGAGAUGACGGAAGUUUUAUCUCCAAUAAAAAAAUGUAAGCGGUAUCUUAAUAAAGCUUGUGUUCACAA